AUGGAAAAUCAUGACUUUGAAGUAUCCGAUUCCGGCAUCUGCGGUGGAGCUCCGAUCACACAUGAUGAAUUCAUCCCUUUCCCGCUGUCCCACACCUUUCAUCAUGUGGAUGCCUCCCACCUGCCGCUAGCUGCUGACGCUGACCAGGUGGAAGGGCUGUGCAUCCUGGAGUCCGACCCUCUAGCCCACCUGAGCUAUCAGCAGAACGACAUCAUCCUGUAUCAACGUGUAGCACAAAUCGCGUCCUCGUUUCAGUCAGGAGCAAUUGAAGAUCCUCCGCAAUCGAUGUUGCCGGUUGGUGCUGCAUUGUCCGUCGAGGAUCUGGUCCGGAUCGCAGCAUCACAGUUCGUGGGAUCCCACUCGAACCACCACGACGUCAUGAUGUCGUCUGGUGCAUUCCACGACGUCACGCUCUCGGAAGAGGAGUCCGAGAGCGUCGAGCUGACUCGAAUCCUCCUCGAAGCCGCCGAGAAUGCGGCCGACCGUCAGUUCGACACCGCCGGAGCACUGCUCCAGCGAUGCCACGUGCGGUCCUCCCCUGCGGGGAACCCGAUCCAGAGACUGGUCUUCUACUACUCCCGCGCCUUGACGGACCGGAUCGACCGGGAAACCGGGCGGACCGCCUCGUCGCGAGACGUGGCCAGAGAGCAGUCGUCCGAUCUGUACAAAGCGGUGAUGACUCCGAGCAUCCAGCUGGCAGAGUUCCAUAGGAGGAUUCCCUUCUCCCAGGUCGCGCAGUUCGCGGGGAUCCAAGCCAUCGUGGAACACCUGGAGGGAUCCAGGUGCAUCCACGUGGUCGAUCUCGCGAUCAAGAACGGACAACAAUGGACCAUCCUGAUGCAAGCCCUGGCGUCCCGGCCGACGCGGCGGCGCGUCCAGCGCCUCAAAAUAACCGCCGUGUCCACCGUCGGGGAGCAGCGAAUCGAGCAAAUGGGAAACGGGCUGGUGGGCUUCGCGGAAGGCUUGGGCCUGCCGUGCGUCUUCGAAUCCGUGGUGGUCCCCGACCUGGCCCAACUGAGCCGCGCCCAUGUGCGGAUCGAGUCGGGCCAGUCCGUUGCCGUGAUGGCUGAAUACGUGUUCAACACCCUGGCCGAACCGCUCGACCGGCUCGACUCGCUGAUCCGAGCGGUUCGGAGUUUAAAACCGUGCGUGGUGGUGGUCGGGGAGGUAGAAGGGAACAUGAACUCGCCCGUGUUCGUGAACCGGUUCGUGGAGUCGCUGUUCUACGCCAGCGCGUUCUUCGACUGCAUGGAGGAUUGCAUGGGGAGGGACGAGCCGACGAGGAAGUACGGGGAGGCGACUUUGUUCGGGGAGUCGAGCAAGAUUGUGUCGGCAAUCGACGGGCGAGAGAGGAUCGUCAGGAGCAUGAAGGUGGACGUUUGGAGGACGUAUUUUCGUCGGAUGGGGAUGGUGGAGGAAGAGAUGAGCCCGUUGUCGUUGUACCAGGCGAAUCUGGUGGCUAGGAAGGUGCCGUGUUGGAAGCCGUGUACGGUUAAGAUGAACGGGAAGGGGUUGAUGGUUGGGUGGAAGGGUACAAAGAUUAAUUCUGUUACUGCCUGGAGUUUCACGUGA